AUGCCAGGCAAACAGUGGGAUGACGAAGACGAGUCGUCGAGCGGCUCGGAGGCCUCAUCGAGCCCGGCUGUUCCGGCCGGUGCCCUGAGACGGGCGACCAAGUUUGAGGACGAGGAGGACAACGACAGCGACGUGCUCGACUCGUGGGACGCGGACGACUCGGAGGUGGAGCGCGAGAAGGCAGCGGUGGCGGCCAAGGCCAAGGCGGAAGCAGAAGCAGCCAAGGCAGCGGCAGCGGCGGCCAAAAAGUCCAAGGGGCUGCGGAUUGCGGAGAAACAGGCACAGCGACAGGCAGAGCUGGCGGCGCUGGCAGAGCCGCGCGAAAACGAGACCGAGACCGAGCGGCGCGAGCGGAUGCGGCGCCACGAGCAGGAGGCCGACCUGCAGCACGCGGCUGACCUCUUUGGCGACGCCGGACUCUCGGCUGGAACCGGUAGCGGCGUGCGAAAGUCGGCGGCCGUGCUCAAAGCCUCGGCUGUGGCCGUCGACAAGGCCGACCCCAGCAAGACGGUCGAUCUGGCGGCACUGCCGCUGCUCAACCCGAUCACCAAGGCCCAGUUCGAUGCGCUCUGCUCGACGCUGGCACCGCUGAUUGCGGCCAACGCCAAGAAGCCCCACUACUCCCUCUUCGUCCAGGAUCUCGUCAAGGAGCUCUGCCGCGGACUUCCCAGCGAUCAGAUCAAGAAGGCGGCCAGCACUCUGACCGUGCUCAGCAACGACAAGCUGCGCGAGGAGAAGGCUGCCGAGAAGGGCGGCAAGAAGUCCAAGGCCGCCAAGACCAAGACGUCGCUCGCCGUCGGCCGGCCCAAUACCGUCGACACGGGUGCCUACGACGACGAUGGCGGCUAUGGAGACGACGACUUUAUGUGA